AUGAAAACAUGUUACUAUGAGCUUCUCGACGUAACACCUUUAGCCACCGAUCUUGAGUUAAAAAAAGCGUAUCGUAAAAAGGCACUUCAACUACACCCCGAUAAGAAUCCACACAAUGUGGAAGAAGCACAUCAUCAAUUCAGUCUUGUGCGUGCUGCAUAUGAGGUAUUGAGUGAUCCGCAGGAACGAGCUUGGUAUGACUCACACAAGCUGAGUAUUUUGAAUGAAGAGGAGGUAAUGGAAGACGAAGUUGGCGAAUCACACAUCCCAUCAAUUUCAGCUGACGAGAUUUUGCGAUAUUUCAAUCCGGGAAUGUAUACUACAUUCAAUGACUCUCUGAGUGGAUUUUUCGCUAUAGUGAGUCGAUUAUUUGAGAGGUUAGCAAGAGAAGAAGUUCAACAUGGUAAAUACCAAGGAAUCGAAGAGUAUAUGAAAUUUAAGGAUGAUGAGAAUAACGUGCAUGUUCUUGAUCCUGCACUUUUGAAAUUUCCAUUAUUUGGCAAUUCUCACGCCGAAGCCACCGUCAUUCGAGACUUUUAUCAAGCAUGGCUGAGCUUUGCCACCGUGAAACUGUUCAAUUGGAUGCAUGAGUAUCGAUAUUCUCAAGCACCAGAUAGAAGAACACGAAGGUUGAUGGAACGUGAAAACAAAAAGACCAGAGAUGAGUGUCGAAAGGAGUAUAAUGAAACUGUGCGAAAAUUCGUUGGGUUUGUGAAACGAAGGGAUCCUAGGUACAAAACAGCUAUGGAUGAGAUUGCCAAGAUGCAGAAAAGAAAACAAACACGGGAGAUUGAAGAGCAAGUAAAGCGGUUGAAAAAACUAGAAAAGGAACAAAAGAAAAAGAAAAUGGAGCAGGAUGGUGGGUUUGUGGAACAAAGUUGGCAAAAAUUGGAUGCUGACGAACAAAAAGACUUUGAAAAGAUGGUGAGGGACGAAUAUGGACAUAGUGGAAGUGAUGUCGAUAUUGACACGAAUGACGACGAUGAAAACAGUUCAAGUGAUGAUAUAUCUACAGAUUCAGAGUUUGAUGAGUACACCAGUGACGUGGAUGGGGAGAUUCAUGAGUUUGAAUGUAUUGUAUGUGACAAGAUAAUGAAGAACGAAAAACAGUAUAAGAUCCACGAAGAGAGCAAGAAGCAUAAAAAAGCGGUACGACAGAUGCAGUGGGAAAUGAGACAGGAAGGAAUUGAAUUAGGUAUUGACGAUGAUGGCGAGGAUGAGUUUGAGACCGCGGAAAGUAGUUUCGAUGAAGUCGAUGAAGUAGAUGAAGUCGAUGAAAUCGAUGAAAGUGAGGAAGCUGAUGAAAUUGAUAAAGAUGAAUUGAAACCUAGGACGGUGAAUGGAUUUGAAAAAGAGCUGAAGAAGGAAAGAUCAAUAUUGGGAAUUUCAGCCGAUUUAGAAAAUGAGGCACACGGAAUUGAAACCAAGAAGCACAAACAAAACGAUUCUUGUGCAAAUGAUUUAGCAAAGCGUGUUACGCAAACAAAAUACGAGAAUGCAGACCUUUCUCCCGAAUCAGACGUAGAAUCAAAAAAGGAUGAUUAUUCAACUAGUUCAAAGAACAAGUUAGAGGAAGAGCUUGCCAAGCUAAUGGGGGACACAAAAAUAGGCGAUUCAGAUGAAGAUGACUGGGACGUGGGUAAUAAGAAGGGUAGUAAGAAAACCAAAAAGAAAGCAAAGGCAAAAGUUAAAGGAAAAGCCAAUGGAAGUGAAAAUGGAAAACGAAGUGCUAUUGGGACAUCUCCAAUAUCUCGUGAACAAACACCAUUUGAAGAAGGUGUACAACAGGAUACUUCUUCUGCCUUUGCCUCUAAUUCGCGUGGUACUGAAAAAUGUGCUGUUUGCGGUCUCACUUUUGAGUCUAGAAAUCAGCUAUUUAUCCACGUAAAACAGUUAAAUCAUGCGGCACCACCAGACUCUACCAACAAAAUUUCAAAGAAAAAGAAGUCCAAACACAAAUGA